ACCUAUCAGUCUACCACUAGUCAUAUCUAGUCGCUCUCCUCCAUCCAAGCGAACAGAGGAGCACGAGGAAGCAGCAGUGUCGGCAAUGGCGAGGCUCCAGCCAGCACUGCCCUUCCUCCUCCUGCUCCUCCUCAUCGCCGGCGCCGCGGCGGGGCGCGCCGGCGGCGUCCGGACGCUGAUCUUCAUCCUGGCGGGGCAGUCCAACAUGAGCGGCCGCGGCGGCGCCACCAGCGGCGUCUGGGACGGCGUCGUGCCGCCCGAGUGCGCGCCCUCGCCGCGCAUCCUCCGCCUCUCCCCCGCGCUCCGCUGGGAGGAGGCGCACGAGCCACUGCACGCCGACAUCGACGUUGGCAAUGUCCUCGGCGUCGGGCCCGGCAUGCCCUUCGCCCACGCUGUGCUCGCCGCCGGCAAGGGCGCGGGGGCCACCGUGGGGCUCGUCCCCUGCGCGCAGGGCGGCACGCCCCUCGCCAACUGGACGCGGGGCACGGAGCUGUACGAGCGGAUGGUGACGCGCGCCAGGGCGGCCAUGGCCGGCUGCAACGGAGGCGGCGAGCUGGCCGCCAUUCUAUGGUACCAGGGGGAGACCGACGCCAUGAAGCGGGAGGACGCCGAGCUCUACCAGGGGCGCAUGGAGGCGCUCGUGCGCGACGUCCGCCGCGAUCUCGGCCGGCCGGAUCUCCUCGUCAUCCAGGUCGGGAUUGCGACUGCGCAGUACAACGGCAAGUUCCUCGGCCGUGUGAGGGAAGCUCAGAAGGCAGUCACGGCCACGGUCCCGAAUGUCAAGUACGUCGACGCCAUGGGGUUGCCCAUUGCGAGCGAUAAGACGCAUCUUACCACUGAAGCUCAGGUCCAGCUCGGGAACAUGCUAGCCAAGUCGUAUCUAGAAACGCUGUAAUAAUCUUUCGAUCGGCAUGUAACUUUUUAUAAGAAACAUGGGAUUAUAUGCAAUUAAGUUAAGCAAUGCAUUUGAUUAGGAAACGGACAGAACAAGACAUAUGUGUAUCUGUGAAACUCUGAGCGAAGCUUUAACACUUUACACACUA